CUCGGCCAGCCCCACCUCUGCCGGCCCGCCCUCGGCUCCCCACCGCGCCGAGGAGCGAGCCCGGGAACCCCACAUUGGCGGGCACCGAGCGGGGGCCCCCCACCAGCUGCCGGACGCCUGGAUGCCGUAGCAGAGCAGGGUUCCAGGUCUGUGGAAGACAUAAUCUUGUGCCUGUCUGCACACCCACCCCAGUCUCUGGCCUUGCUAGUCUCAGGGUCUAAGACACUGACCUUCACUGCUCAGCUAAGGGCUCCAGGGACUCUGCUUUCUCUAGACCUGUCCAGCUAAGUAAACCCAGGGUGGUGCUACGCCUGAGGCGAGUGAGGCGUGGGCAGUUAAGGCACCAGAGCAAGAGCCCCCUGGGGCCUUGGGCAGAAGACUGAAACUGGAACCAUCAGGGAACAUGAGUGAAUUUUGGCACAAACUGGGCUGCUGCGUGGUGGAGAAACCCCAGCCGAAGAAGAAGAGGAGACGGAUUGACCGGACCAUGAUUGGGGAACCAAUGAAUUUUGUCCACCUGACUCACAUUGGCUCUGGGGAGAUGGGGGCCGGAGAUGGACUUGCCAUGACAGGUGCAGUUCAGGAGCAGAUGAGAUCCAAGGGAAACCGAGACAGGCCGUGGAGCAAUUCUAGGGGCUUGUAGCUCCAAUAGGAAUGGUUCUGCUGUGUGUCCAGCCUUCACUGUGUCCAGCCCAGAAGAGAUGCUGCCCCCACCAGAUGCCCUCCUAGAAUCAGUGACCCCAGGGCCCUUCUUUUCCCUGUCUGUCUAAUAGUGCCUCAGAAGACUUGGGGGCUGGACUCCCUCUACUCCCUCUGGCUGUAGCCCCUCCUGGAGAUGGGGUCAAGGCAGCAGGACUGACCAAGUGACUACUAGUUGGCCAGAGGAGCUUAGCUGAAGCCCUGGACACUCUCAGAUCUGAGAUAGGAGUUUUCUGGGAACCUGGAAUGCGUUCCCUUCUCCUGAAUGAUGGUCUAGGUGCCAUAUGUUUUUAAACUCAACCUGGAACUCCUUAAAUAUGGUAGGUGGGUGAGCGAGAUUACCAAAGCUGAAACUGGCUUUGCUGAGAAGCUCCCUACCUCCCUGCCCUUUUCUUUCCUCCUGGAAUGAGCUGAAGCAGAAGUCAAGCAGGGGCUGGGAGGUGACCACUGGCUAGCCUACUCUUUCUCUUUAGAUCUCAGACUUUAAGCUCAUAGUCCCUCAGUAUUUCUCUGCCAAUACCAAGGUCUUUCUCUAGGGAGGCCUCUAACCCUAUGUUUCUUUAGCAUUGCUCACCCCCUAAGGUCUUUACUUUUUUAAUUAAAAAAUUAAUUUAA